AUGGCUCCACGUCCGUCUUCUUCCUCGGGGGGCCCUGCCGUGGAGCGACCUUACCAAGGAGCCAAUGGUCGAGCUGCGGUCGUGGCGGCAAAACAUCCUGGGACACCCCGCCGGGAUAGUCAGCACAGGCAGGAAAAGGCUGUGCAAGAUCCGGGUUUGAAAGAUUAUCGGCUCGGUGAUUGCAUAGGGAAGGGUGCUUUCGGCUCCGUCUACAAGGCCUUCAACUGGGGCACCGGCGAAGCUGUUGCGAUUAAGCAGAUUAGGCUCGACAAUGUGCCAAAGAGCGAGUUGAGGAUGAUUGAAGCCGAAAUCGACCUCCUCAAAAACUUACACCAUGACAACAUUGUGAAAUAUAUUGGCUUCGUCAAGACGGCCGAUUGUCUCAACAUCAUCCUGGAGUAUUGCGAGAAUGGCUCGCUACAUUCUAUCUGCAAAGCCUACGGCAAGUUCCCCGAGAACUUGGUUGCUCUGUACAUGACGCAGGUGCUUCAGGGUCUUCAGUACCUUCAUGACCAAGGUGUCAUUCACAGGGACAUCAAGGGUGCCAACAUCCUCACCACCAAGGAUGGUACCGUCAAGCUGGCUGACUUUGGCGUUUCCACGAGCACGCUAGCUGGCCCAGACAAGGAGGCCCAGGUCGUUGGGACACCAUACUGGAUGGCGCCAGAGAUCAUUCAGUUGUCAGGAGCGACUCCGGCGUCAGAUAUCUGGAGUGUUGGAUGCACUGUGAUCGAGUUGUUACAGGGAAAGCCCCCGUACCAUAACCUUGCUGCGAUGCCCGCGCUCUUCGCCAUUGUCAACGACGACCACCCCCCGCUCCCAGAGGGCGUGUCCCCCGCUGCGCGUGACUUUCUCAUGCAAUGCUUUCAGAAAGAUCCGAAUUUGCGAGUCUCGGCCAAAAAGUUGCUGAAGCACUCGUGGCUGCAGAGCUGUCGAAGAAGCGACGCGCCUGUGUCUAAGGCACCCUCAAAUUUUAGUCAAGCCGUCGAGGAAGUAAAACAGUGGAACAAGGCCCUGAAGUCCUCCGAACAUAACCUACGCGCAUCGACCGGUUCCGACUCCGGCCAUCACCAUCAUCAUCAUCAUCAUCAUCAUCACUACAACCAACACCAUCAACCGCACCAGCGCGGUACCUUGGCAGCUGCUUCUAGGCCACAGCUGGCGCUCGCCACGCGGUCGCGCCCCAGCUACCCAGAGGCAUUCGGUCCUGAAGUUGCUGACGACGACAACUGGGACAACGAUUUUGCGACUACCAUCAACCCAAGCGUGCUGCACCUGCCGCAGGUCAAGGGGCAGGACAAUUUCGGCGGCAUGCUUUCCGGCGACCGACUCAAGCAAUUUGCGAUUGAUGCGCAACGCGAGGAUAACUCGGAUAAUUGGGACUCGGCGUUUGAGGGGGAGUUAGUCACCAUUAAGGCGCCUGGACAGAGUCAGAGUCAAAACCAAGCAGGGCACUGGUCAUCGUCGAGCGAGGUUGAUCCGCAAGAGGAGACGAUCCGGCCAUUGCGCAGGAAGACUGAGAGGGUGAGUGAGUCGAGUAGUCGGUCGCAGCAAACACCGACACCACCCCCGCCGCCUCCUCCGCAUGGUGGGCAGAGGAGACAGAGGAGUGAACGUGGGGCAGGAAUGUCUUCGAGCGUGCAGCCGCCGAAGUCGCCUGUUAAGCCCCUGGGUACGAAAUUUGAGUUGCCGCCGAGGCCGGACGUGCUCUAUCGCGAGCAGUCGGUCGAGGAUUACUCUGAUUUGGUGGCCGAGGACGACCACAUAUUUGAGAGGAGGCUGAGUCUGGCAGCUAAGAACCAACCUCAGCUGUUCCACCCAUCCGACCUGACCAAAUCCGCACAGUCGUCCUCCUCCGCCUCCUCCGGCAAUGGUCGCAGACCCACCAGCUCAUCUCGCCAAUCGCUCCUCACCCCUCAAGACCUGAGCCAACAACAACAGCAGCAGCAGCAGCAGCAGCAGCAGCAGCAACAACAACCGCCCCGCCGGUCGCGAUCGAAUGUCGAAAUUACGAAAUUUGCUGAAGACGAGGGCGACGAAGAUUUUUCAGACAUCUUUGGCGUCGCUGGCGACGCCCUCACCGACGCCGACCUCGAGAGUAGCGAUCGCGGGUCUGUCGCUGAGGAAGCCGCUGGCGGCGGUGCUGUAAUUGUAUCCGGCAGCGUUGGUGUGGGUGUGAGUGCGGGUGGUGUGAGUACAGGGCAGUUGGUGCUGUCGCGGCUCUCGAACAGCUCGUGGCUAGGCGACGACGAGGACGAGGACGAUCCGUUUGCCAUGCUAGAUCCGGGCUGGGAUGAGAUGGAUCUGGAGGCGAAUAUUGCGCGCGAUCGGCAUGCGAGGUUGGCCGAGAGGGUUGAGGAGUUGGUGAGGUCGAUGAAGGUUACGGGGGGGGAGGAUGUCAUUGGGAAGGUGGCGGAGGAUUUGUUGGGGUUGUUGUGGGAGCAUCCGGAGGUUAAGGCGCUGAUUAUCAGUGCCCAUGGGCUGUUGCCGAUUUUGGAGAUUCUCGAGUCGUGCUCGGUCAAGAGUCGGCAGCGGAUGGUGCUGCAGUUGCUGAAGAUUGUUAAUGCGAUCAUCCUUGACGAUGUCGAGCUGCAGGAGAAUCUCUGCUUCGUGGGCGGCAUCCCCAUCAUCACCAAGUUUGCGGCCCGGCAGUUCUCCAACGACAUUCGGCUUGAAGCGGCAGCCUUUGUGCGGCAGAUGUACCAGACCUCGACUUUGACGCUGCAAAUGUUUGUCAGCGCGGGCGGUCUCAACGUGCUGGUCGAGUUCCUCGACGAGGACUACGAGACAGCGCAAGACCUGGUGCUGAUCGGCGUCAAUGGCAUCUGGAACGUCUUUGAGCUUCAGGGCCCGACGCCCAAGAACGACUUCUGUCGCAUCUUUGCCCGCAGCAAGAUCCUUGAUCCGCUGGCGGCCAUCUUGCACAAGGUCCUGGAUGAAGAGCGCGACGAGCUGUCGGAGCUGGUGGAAGGUCGCAUCGUCAAUAUCUUUUACCUCUUCUCUCAGGCGGAACCCUACGUCAAGGAGGCUGUUGCGGAGAGGCAGGUACUCAAAACGGUGCUCAAGGACCUCAGGAGGAUGACGCCGUCCCACCAGAUCACCAUGCUCAAGUUCAUCAAGAACAUGUCCAUGUGCUCGACCGUCCUCGAUGCGCUGCACUCGGCCGACGCGAUCGAUUUCCUGAUCGACAUCCUCAGCCAUUCCAUGAAGAAGGGCGCCAAGAACUUCCGUGAGGUGUCGAAUCAAGUGCUGAACACCAUGUUCAACCUGUGCCGGCUUAGCAAGGAGCGCCAGGAGUACGCGGCCAGCAAUGGCAUCAUCCCGCUGCUUAUGAGGAUCAUGAAGACCGAACGGCCUCCGAAGGAGUUUGUGCUGCCUAUCCUGUGCGACAUGGCGCAUUCCGGUCCCAAGGGCAGGCGGUAUCUGUGGCAGAACAAUGGCCUGGAUAUGUACAUAUCGCUGCUGGCCGACCAGUACUGGCAGGCGACGGCGCUGGAUGCCAUCUUUGUGUGGCUACAGGAGGAGACGGCCAAGGUCGAGAGUCAUCUCCUGAACGGCAGCUUCACUCAGGCCAUUGUCGCCUGCUUCAGCCCGACCAGGGCUAAUGCCUUCGACUCGAACCUCCUCGAACCGCUGGUCAAGGUUCUUCGACUGAGCCCCGCCGUCGCGGCCUCGCUCGCACGCUCCGAGAUGUAUGGCGGCAUUGCGCACAAGCUCAGCCACAAGAAGGCCGUCGUCCGGCUCAAUCUGCUGCGUACAGUGCGCUACAUCAUGGACGGCUGCGAGGCGAACAACAUGCCUAUGGCUUCGGGCACCAGCCGUCAGCUCCGUAUCCUGUUUGAGAAUAUUCAAGCGCUCGCCGAUAAGGAUCCGGCUGUGCUUGUUCGCAACCUUGCCUCGGAGCUGAUCCGCGCUGCCCAGAUGCAACAGGACGCCCUCAGCAGUGCAAGUGCUUCUAACUCCGCGGGUGUUGCUGCUUCAGCAGGGGUCCCUCCCCGCCCUCGGUCGAGCGCUCGCAGGAAUACUUCAUCCUACACCCCUCCGGGUCUACAUCUCUCCAUGUCGAUGCCUCCUACCCCGACACACCACGGACAUAGCCACGGUCACGGCCCGCAUCAUCGUCUCACUCAGUCCUCAUCAUCCGCUUAUAUUGACAUGACCUCCUCGUCCUCGUCCUCCUCCUCCUCCUCCCUCCUCCCUCCCUCCUCUCUCCUCCACCACCACCACCACCAACUCCUCAAGCCAUCAUCAUCAUCAUCAUCAUCAUCCUCCUCAUCAUCAUCAUUACCACCACCAUAG